AUGCACAGAAUAAAUUAUUGCAAAUACCAUAAUGAAGGGGUUUAUAGUAGUAAAAAGUUGAGAUAAGCUUAAUUAAUAAAUCAGAAUUAGAGUGUUUUAGUUUUUGUUUAUUUGUUUAUUUUUUUAUUUAUUUAUGCAAAGGAGAAAGAUAUUCUCCUUCUUCUUCUACUGCGUGCGUAAUUGAAGGAAGCACUGAUUGAUUUAUAAAUAUAAAAAAACGAAGUUUUAAUAGAAGUAAAAACAAAACAAACAAGUACGCUUGCAUGCAAAAGGGAAUGUGUGUUUAAGGUAUUAAAUAUAUAAGCCAAUGGUGAUACAAAACCUAUAAAUAAUACACAAAUUAAUACUUAAAAAUACCAUAUCAAGUUUAAAGUUGUUUUAAGAAGAAUGUAUUUCUCUAGAGGUUAUGGAUUCUUCGUGCUCUUUCAAUAGACUGAAUCGAUCAAGAAUCAGACACCAAGUUGCUCACUUUCUUUGUCUUCUUCUCUUUCUUUUUAGUCUUCUCAUUCUCUUCUUUCUCCACUUUUCUCUCAUUUCUUAUACUUAUUUAUUUCUUUAAUAUUAAUUAAUAUUAUUAUUUUCUUAAUAACUUCUGUCCUCGCGCCUGUUAAAAUACCCUUUUAUUCAAUAAAUUUAAAUCACCAUCAAUUUUUACAAAAUUAUCUCUUUUUCCCACUUUAUAAAAUUCAUAUAUCAUUCAAAAUUGCAUUCAUUUCCAAAAACAAUCCUUCCUUCCCUCGCUGA